UGGUAUUCUUGCGUUGUCGCUCGCCACAAACACCUACCAGCCAAAACAAACCUCCCGUUGAAUGACCACUGUCCAUUCACAGAACCUCUCGCUGCUGACAUUCCUUCAUUUUGGCGUAUAUAUUCCGUCGUAUGGUGUCAUAGAGUGGACAUAAGGAGGAGCAAGAAAAUUACAGUACUUUCAGAAAGUGCAUGACCAGUGUGAGCAUUGAGUAGGUGUAAUGUCCAUCAGUUUAAUGAAAAAUGACAGAACAAGGAAGGCCAUGGUGGAAUACAUCAAAGGUAAAUGGGUCUGUAUGCAGUGGUUUGGAACAGAGUCCAUCUUCAAAAUCCAGUACCAUGGUGUCAAAACCUGGGAAGUCUCCAGCGAUUUUGGUUAAAAAAGAACCUGUAAACUCAUCUCCCCCAUCUUCUUUAUGUAAACCUCCAAAAUUCUCACCAGUGCUCUUUCCAUCAGUCAAAAAAUCUUCAGUCAUAAAUUCUGUUGUGAAAACAGAACCAUCUGACAUUAAAAGUGAACCAGUGGCAUAUAUUGAGCGUGCCCUUGUGAAAGGAGAAUUUCCUCAUGAUUUUAAUUGGCCUCAAAUAAAAUGGGAACCUCUAGUUAUACAGAAUCAUAUAAAGAAUGAAACAAAGCAAAACCAUUACAUCCCAAAGCCUUUGUCUGAGAUGGAACUAAAGCUCAGGAAUACAGCACCACAAAGAAGAAACGGGCCCCCUCCAGAUUGGCAUUAUAUAUAUACACGGGACAUCCAUGAACCACAUGGUGCAUCAAGAUCAUGGUGGAAUACAGAUGUGGAGAGAGCUUUAAAAAAACGAAGAGAAACAUACCUCCAAACUAAAUUGAAUGAUAAUGCGCCGAUUGAAGUUCGUAUGGAGCGUAUUUGGGCCUUUGAAGUAGCCAAGGAUGAAGCUAGAAGAAUUGUUGCAGAGAGUAAAUGGAAAGCUGAAAUGCAGGGCAGUGGAAAUAUCCAGGAUUCAGAUACUUUAAAUUUUGGGGCAUCAACUAGCAGAGACACUGGAUGUGUUGCUGCUGGCAAGACAUCACCAAUACAAGAUCGACUUGGUCACUUACCAACUGUUGGUGAUAUAGGAAGCAGAAAAAAUGAAAAUAAAGAAUCACCCAUAGCAGAGGAGACAGAAGACAUUAAUCCUGAUGAUGUUCAGGUUAUUCCCCACUCUCAAGAAAAUAUUGAAGUAUUGACUCUUGAUGAUGAAAUUGAAGAUGCUAUGAACAGCUAUGAAAAUAACAGUGAUGACAUUAGGAUUGUUGGUGAACUUGGUUCAGACGAUGUCAUUUUUAUUCAGGAAAGGCAAGGUGAAGUUACUUUUCUUGCCCAAGUCAAUGGUCGUUUUAUUAAGAUGAACAGGAAAAGAAAACUUUGUGUUACUGUAUCUAAUACACUAAAUACAAAAAGAAAAAAAGUAGUUAAUGUGGAAGAUGAAAGUGGUAAUGUGGGGGAUGAAAAUGAACAACUCACAAAUUUUAUGGGACGAACAGACAGUAUACUUGCCAGUAAUGUUACUGAGAGCAUAAAUAUGACUGAAAAUAAGUGUGAUGGGUCUACAAGUGGAAAAGGUAUAUCUGAUGAUACUAAUGAUUUACAGAUUAAUACUAUACAAGAAUGGUCAAUGAGAGAAGCAAAAAAUAAAAAUGUGCUUAGAAAUGAAAACUUGGAAUGUCAUAAUUUGUCUGCAGAGUCAGAAAAUGUGGUUCCAUUAAACUUUAGCACUGAAAAUGCUUCAGUUGUUGAAAAGAUAGGCCACUCAGGCAUACAAUUGUGGCAAGAACAAAUAGCAGCUGAUAUUUUAUCAGAAAAUGAAAGUUCUGAUUCUGUAACCUAUGACAUUCAAGAAGUGCCUGUAUCAGAUGAUGAGCCAAAAUAUAUUGAUAGCUCCACUCAAAAAAUGACCCAGAAAGAAAAGGAGGCUCAUGAAAAUGUCAAGGUGAGAGAUGCUGAAAUUGUUAUUGAAAGAAUAGUUAAUGAUAAGCAAGGGAUAGAAUCUCUGCAUAGCAAAGAGAAUAUUAUUGUUUUGGAAACUUUCAAAGGUACAUGCCCUAAGGUUAAGGGAGAUAUUUGUGUAGAGUCUGAAAGCAAAGUUAUCAUGGGAGAGAAAGAGGAAGAAAUCAGUGCCCAGGAAAAUAACCCAAAAGAGGAUUGUGACCUGAAAGGAGAUUUUGUAGAUAUUCAGUUUAGUCGAACUGCAGGUAAAAAGAGAAAACCUGAAGAUAGUACAGGAGAGGUUACAUGUGAAAUAGCUUCCAGUGUCAAUGAGGAAGAAAACAAAAACAUUGAUAUGGAAAUGGUAAAGGGAGCAUCUGAUCCAGAUGAUGCUCCAGAAAUUGAUGUAGUUGAAGUGAAAAUAAUUGAAAAGGAUGACAUCAAUGCAGAGUGUGAAGAGGACUGCAACUCUGUGGAAGUGUGUGAAAAGGGGGGGGCCAUGUUUGUAAAUAAGAAAGAUGAUACAUAUUGUGGUUUAAAAAGUCAAAUUAAUGAUAAACAAAUAGCUGUGAAAGAAAGUAAUUCUUGUGAUGUUGAAGUGGUAGAUGCAGUUGACAAAGAGGUAGAAAUUGUGCAGGACAGUUUCAUGUUACAGAAGAACAAGGAAACCCAUGAGAGAGUGUGUGUGCAACAUAGAAUUUCCAAAAAUGUUGAACAAGGUGUGCCUAAUACAAGGCAAAAAACUGGUGAACAUUCAGGCAUCAGGAUAACUAGACAGAGUGCAAUUUCAGGUAAUGGAAAACAUUCUGAGAAAAAAGAAACAAAAAGGAAAUUGUUAUAUGAUUCUGGUGUCCGUACUCGAAGUAAGAGAUACUAAGAAAGGGGCCGACAUGACAAAUGCUAUGGUAUUCAUUUCAAGGGAUCAGGGUGUUUGGUAUGGAUAUGGUUGUGCAAGAACCAUUGUUAAAAUGUGCAUUAGAAUAGGAAUGGUAUUUUUUUAAUACAAUACAGUAUAGCAACAUUUUGAAAGUACCAUGGUGGUUGAUACUGUUUAUGCUACAAAAGGAUGUCACCAAGGUUACAUUACUUGGAAAUUACAAAUGGGACCUUAUUGCGGAGGCAAUGAAACUAUGGUGUUUGCUGUGAGUACAAAUAUUCAGAUUAGUUCUGUUUUAUGAACAUAAAUUUUGACUGCUAAGUACAGUAAUCAAAAGAAUGCGAGUUGAAUGACAAAUGUAUACAUGACAAGCCAGUCCAAAUUCAUAAUAAUUGGCGAUCAUUACUUUAGGGCCCUUUUACUCAUUUCAUUAUGUCACUAAUUCUUUUUUAUAUCUUGAGGUUGUUAUAAUUUCUUCAUAUUCUAACUGGUUGAAACAAAAAUAUGUAAUUAUUUUGUGGCUCCAGGUUUUGAGGAAUAUUUAAUUUUUCUUAUAUAAAAACUUAAAUAUAAGUUUUAGUCAGUGAUUGUUUCAGAAUGUUGAUCAACCACUGGUCAUAUUCCUCUUUAUUUUCACCAGUAUUAAGGUGCUGAAAGUAGUGUGAAGCUAUUGCUCUGUUAUCAAAUCAACUUAAUCAUACUGCUAACAUGAAGAAUUUGUUUUCUUAUUUGCUUUGAAUGUUAUUGUAUUUGCAGAUAUGUACAUAGUUGAUUAUUGUAAUCAUAAUCAUAAGAAAUAUUUUAAAAACAUGUUUAC